AUGUCGGAAUUAAGUGUUUGGAAGUUAUCCGCUCCCAUUUCUAAAUGCUCUGAACAAAUAAUUAAGCUUGUCAGGAAGCAAAAUUUACCUCAGUCGGUUGAAUCUGGCAAUGACAUUGAUUUCACGCUUUUAGAUCUGAACCGAAAGGCUUCCGAGGACGAAUUUACCAAUCUUGACUUAGUGCAGAUUAUUGAAAAGUACAAAUUCGAUUUUAGUAUAGAUACGGACCUGGAUGUAAGGGAAGGAGAGGAAGCAACUGAACUGGGAGAUGUUGAAGUAGAACGUAAAAAGUCUAUAGAGACCUUCAACAAUCAAUUGGAACAGAAAACUAGAGACUUUAUUCUCCUCGCUUCAUUUAAAAAGUCGAUACAACAGUUUGUAAAAGAAUACUUAGCAGAUUCUGACGGUACUACAGCUUCACUUGUAUUAAUAUACAGACUCUCUGUGAUAUUUGACUUUCAUAUCUACUUAAUUAAGAGCUAUCCUUCCACAAAGACCAACUUCUACCAAUGCCUUGCAUUGGCUACAGAUCUUCUUUUCCUGAUUUCAACUUCUUUAAUUGACAAGUUUUGGAGUUAUUUGGAACAACGAAGGAUUGAGUUUCAAACUGAUAUAUUUGAUGCAUCUUCAACUGCCGAUAGAAUUGCAAUUUUGGAAAUAUGUAACACAUUAACUGAUAAAUAUUAUCCGAUUACUUUCAAUAAAAAAACAGAUACCUAUAAAAAGGACUCCUACAAUGAUAGGUUCCAAGCUAGAGUUAGAAUUUUCCUUACUAACGUUUUGGCAUUGGAAGACAACACUGGAUUGAACAAAUACUUCAGUGUGUCGAAUAUAAUUGGGCAAGAUAUAUUGACAUCUAUUGGAACUAAUGGAAGAGAUGAUGUCUUGGUGAGAGAUAUAAUCCAGAUCAACAAGUUAUUUAGGGAUCCAUAUGCAUAUGUUAAGCCUGCAAAUUAUAAGCAAUUACAAGCUUUAUCACAGACGAUGAACAAAGUCUUUAUGUAUUUGAUGGAUGAAGAAAAGAAAUGGUAUGCUAAACAUCCAUCUCCAGACCAAUACGUAAUUCCCGAAGAGGAUAACGGAAAAGUAAAUGAAGAUGACACUAAUGAAAUAAUUGAUACCAAUGCUAAUAAAGCUGAAAGCGAGAAGUUGUACUUCCCCGAGAUAUAUUCUUUAGCAGCCUUUGACGAGGUUAAAAGAGGCGAAAGGUAUGAAAAUUUGAAGAAGGAAGACUCGGACUUUUUUGCUAAAAGAUUUGACAUCCCACAAGUGAGACAAACGGUUCUUGUUCAAAUCUAUAUCAUAUGUACACUUUACUACGAGCUUGCUGCUAGUAACAAACGAGCUUUCUUCCAGCAAAUGGGAGUAAGUGGAUCAUCCGCAAAGCAUUUCAUCGAUGAUUCCAUCCCUGAGCUGAUGGUUUCAUUAUAUUAUAAGAUCAAAAGAGAAAUGCCAAGAAGAUAUAGGAGUAUGGAUGCGCCUUUCAGUCACUUUUUAACGCAUUUAAGCAUAACUGAGAUUUUCUGGUGGCAAUGGUUGAUCAAUGGGAAGGAUGCUAGUGGUAAGCCAUUGUUUAACGAUAAAAUUGUUGACAAAGACACUUUAAACAAAGUCGAUGAAAAAAGCAGAACUAUAUUACCAUUGAAAGAGAAGAAAUACUUCAAUACGUAUGCCACACCACAGUUGACCAGGAAGAUGAAAGUGGAAACUGGGAUAAGUAAAUUAGAAAAGACAAAUGAUAAUGAUAACGAACUUUUAGAGGAUAAAUUAAGAAACAACUAUGAAGAAGCCAGGAGUAAAUUGGUUGAAAAUGAAGAUGAAUCUAUUCAGAGUCAAAAUAUUGCAUUUUGGAAGUUGUUAAAGAGGCAGAGAACCAAACAGUGGUUGAAGUUUGGAGAAUUGGCCAGCAAGGAAGGAUUGGCGGAAAAGGUUGAAGUAGUAAAGGAGCCAGUUGUUACACGAAAAAGAGCUAGAGAAGAGGACGAAGAGGAAGAGCGAGAUGACAUAAAAAAGUCUAAGGUGGAGGAAGAGGGUAAAGAGGGAGAGGGAAAGAAGGAUGAGCAAGAACACGCAGGCAACUCCAAUACUAUAGAAGAUGAAGAAGAAGGAGAAAUUACAAGGAAAGCUGAAGUAGCGGAAGCAGCAGAAGCAGUGGAAGGCUCUCCAGAAGGUGCUUCCGAUGGAAGUCCAGCAGAAGUCAAUGCUGAGGCAAUGGAAGUAGACAAAGUAGAAAUAGACUCUGAAGAGAUCAAAGCCUAA